GCAUGCGCGCCGCGAAUUAUUCAACUGUUUUACCGGUGACCAAGACGCCAUUUUGUAUUCUCAUACGACCAGUUCGACACGGGAUCUGUAUCGUCCUCGUUAAUUACAGAUUUAUCAAGGACAAGCAACAAAUACGAGAGGUCAUUUAUAGCUGUGAUCAUCAUUGCAAACGCGCGCGAGACAAUGAAUAAAUCGUGUGUUGCAUCGUUUAAAUGAAAUCCAAAAAAAAAAAAAAGAACAGAAUAAAUAAAUAAAUAAAUAUAUAAAUAAAUAAAUAAAUAAAUAAAAUCACGCGAGAAUAGAGUCAGUGUUUGUUCGUUAAUUAAAAUUUGUACGGGUUUUCUCGUGAAUUAAAUUAAUUGUUAGGCGUUUGAAUUAUUUGUACUCCAGUUGGCUGCGUGCAAUGCAGUCGUAAAUAGAGUCAAUGUUUGCUCGUAUAAAGUUUUGUUAAUCAUUUUUUAACAGUCACACAGACUGUUUUUACACACGCACAAACACACACACACACACACAGAGUAGAAAUUCGUGAAUUAGAUUCAGUGUUCGUCUAGCAAUUAAUAAAUAAUUAUUCGCGCGUUAGAGUCAGUGCAUCAUGGAAGAUAAUAAAAAAACUACUAUACUUUCAUUCGAAGAGAAUAUUUAUCAUCAAUUUCAUCAAGUAAUUCCCAUUAAGAUAUCAACUAAUCGACACUUGCAAUCUACUUCUGACGAGUUUCGGAGUGUUUUGGAGCCAUCAGAGAACUUCUUAAGUAAUUCAUCUUCCGAGACGGAGGAAUGGCGUGUGGGAGAGAAAAAAUGUCUUGGCUUACAACGUUAAGAAAAUAAAAUGACGAAAGGCUUUACUUUAUUGAAACAAUGACGACGAAAACUUAAGAUUAGAGACCGUUUCCGAUCAUAGAAACGGACAAUGUAUUCGAUGGACGAGCUGAUGAUAUAUAAGGAAUAAAAAUUAAAAAAAGGAAGAGAGGGCUCCCUGUUUAAAAUUGUGUCGACCUCUGUCCACUUGUGCAAUUUUCAACGUGGCGCAGUUCCGUUGAACGGAAUCCUUUGCAACAUGUUCGGGACGAAAUUGCGCACGUGGAUGGAGGCACACAUUGUGCGAUCAAAGAAAAAGAAGGAUCGUAAAAAGGGCGAUAAGGGAUUCGAUUCUAACUGCAAUUCACCGAGAAGUCACAGUGCCAAUAGAUCGCCUGCUUUGCAUCAAGUACAUCCUGUGAACUCACCAACGAGAAACGGCGUGGACGGAAUUCGAUUGCACGGUGGAUCCAGUGGUGGUGUUGUUGGUAGUAUUGGUGGUGUUGGUGGUGGUGGCGAGGGUUACGCUGGAACGGUGACCACCUCUUCCGGUACGUCCGGUGGUACCGGAAGCGUGAAUCUUUCUUCUCCGGAAAGUGCCUACAGUACCGGAUACUCGACGGACGGUACGUCGCCCGGUACGAGCUUUCCGCCCGAGUAUUACAUCAAUAUCAGGACGGGCACGCAUUAUUUUCAAAGUAACAAUAAAGGUAGGGCGCAGGGAAAUGCGGGGAGGAUCGACGAGAGAUCGAACGAGUCUACGAAGUCCUCGAACAUGACCGGUGACAGUAGUAAGCAGCCAAAGGACGUACGUACGAGUACCACCCCGGCCAAGCUCAACACGCUCAGCGCCGAAGUUACGAUCAAUCGUGGAUCGAAACAACUGCAACAACAACAUCAGCAACAACUGCAACAACAACAGCAGCAGCAACAACAACUGCAACAACAACAACAGCAGCAACAACAACAACAGCAGCAGCAGCAACAACAACAACAACAACAGCAACAGCAACAACCACAGACUCCGCAAAGACAACAAGAAAGUUCCCAUCGAAGAACAGAAUCCUUCUCAGCUGAUUCCUCUAGGAACAAUCUUCCUGUUCCAUCCUCGAUACCUCCCCCACUCGUUGUCUCGCCAACCGUACAAUCACCUCGCGAACGAUCACGAAUAAGAACGAAUCCUUGGUUGUCGGCAAACUCUUCUGGUUCCAGCACUACCGGCUUUAAAUCUAGGUUAACACUCGAUGAAACCAGCAGUAGUUCGGGUCUAAAGCUGACCGAAUCAUCCGGUAGCGCAAGUGACGUCAAUGUUAACAGCGCCAGAGAGAGUCUGACGAAGAGGGAACAUCGUCAGGAGAGUCUCAGCGCUGGACGUAGUCCGAUAAAUCAAAAUUGGAGGAUUCUACCUGGUAUGGAUAUUAGACCGAAGAUACCAUUGGCGAUGCAACGUCGUACAAGUAGCAGCAGCUCAUCGGGAUCAUCGGUAACACGAAGUGCUCGUUCGUCCGAGGACGACAUAACGUUGAACGAAAUGAUGGGGAAAUUCGACGAGAGUUAUGUUUACGAAAAGGAAACGGAUAUAUUGUCGGAUAGCGAUCCAACCGAUUGCGAGGAUUACAUAGAUUCUUUGUCGGACGUUGAUACGGGUCAAGAUGGUGGCGAUGAGAAUGAUCCAUUUGAAAAUGAUUUCGAUUAUAUCGACAAUGGUUCCUUCCUUGACUUAGAUAAUCUCGAAUGUUCUGCCAAUUUUCCUAAUACCGGUCACUGUACUUAUUUUACGUUUACGAGCGAGUUAAGUAGACGUGGCACAAGAUUGAGAGAGUCCUUUUUGAAACGUAGAAACAAGGACGAGAUUCUUCCUCAAAGGACUAUAAGUAUAAGGAACACGGCGAAGAGACAAAGUAUUCGAUACAAAAAGACGGACGAGAAACAGACGGACAAACGAAAAAAGAGAAUAUCACAGCGUAGAAAACCAAAUAUGGAGAAGUUCGACGACGAGACGGCAAAUUUGAAUCGAGUAUUGGUCGAGAGAAUGUUGCUGAAGAAUUCUGGAUUUAAUCAGGGUAGUAGAAGCGUAGGCGGUACGCCAAUAUGCUUGCGCCGUAAGAAGCACGACGUUAAUAAAAAUCUUUCGCCCAUGAGAUUGAACGAUAAUAAUCAAUCGAUCAUACAUCAGCCUACGAUCGUCGAAAACGAGGUCGUCAAAAGACGUUCGAAUUCGGUGAGUUAUGUAAAUGGAAACAUUGUGAGAAGACAGGUCACUGGUAACACAUACAUGGCCACGUUCGCUUCUGAAAUAGCACUGAUCGAAGCGGACAAGGAAGCCGACAGGAAGUAUCGCGAGUUGAUUAUGGAAGCUGAAAAUAUCUUGGUAAAUAUGCAAAAGAAUCAAAGCUCCCUGCCGAUCGUACCGUCGCCAUCGCGUAAGUUCCACAAUGGUCUGGCGAAUAAGCGUGUCGAACUGAUCAAGAACACGGAAUUGAACAUCGAGCUUGCUUUGUCGAAAAGUAGAAAUUCACAACCGGAAUUGCAAAGCGGUAAUAUAAGGGAUAUCGAGCAUACCAGUCCAAAGAGACAAUUCACGCAGCCAUGUUCGCCCGUUCAUCGUUUUAUGGAAAGAAAUUCGUGUGGAAACAUAUCGAGGGAUGUUCCCUAUAAACAGGACAUUUCGAAUUGUCCUGAUUCACCUUACGUAUCAAGAAGAACGCCUCAAGGUUCACCUAAUAGAACCCUCGUUCAUUCACGUUUACGCGGUAUUUGUCCUACUACUACUAGUACUACUACAACUACUAUUACUUCUACUACUACUACUGCUACCACCGGUGUAAAGGACAACGGCCGUGCUCGAGUUAUCUUGAAUUGCAACGGAGUGACACAGUCUGCCGUUGAAACGAACGAUUGUCAACCCUCUCAAGGUUCCUUCCCUAAUAAGUCUCAGCACAGAGAUUCACGAUUAACUGUAGAUAAUAGGAAGGACUCGAGAGUUUCAAUAACGAACAAGGAGGAUGAGGAUGAAGAGGAAGAGGAGGAGGAGGAGGAGGAUGGUGGUGGUGUGACAUCGAGCUCGUCGGAUUCCGAGGAGAAAUGUGACAUCAGGCGGAGACCACCUCUGAUGACGUUCAGAUCAAUCGAUAUGGGCCCGAUCAAAGAAGGCUCUUCUUACUGUCCUCAGAGUGAACCAGUUAAAAGAAAGAUUUAUGCCGGUAGUGCGACUUACGGUAGGAUACAAAAGACAUUAGGUCAUCAUCAAGUAUUAUUAAGAAAUUCUGAUGGCGAUACGGCCACCGAUGAUACCGAUGAUUCACGAAGAUCCUUGAAGGAGAAAGUAGCACAAUUACGUCAAGAGCGUUUAGCAGCCGAGGCGAAUGCUAACGUUCAAGACUCUCAAUUAUUUCAACAACAGCUUACUCAGCUAAGAAGGCAAAUGUUGAUGCAAACUAUCGAAGGUUUAAAACGUAGCCUCGAAGAUCAAUCGGCUACGUUGAAGCAAACUUGUUUGGAGCCGGUAUUGUCCGAUGAAUUAGUUAUGUGUCAAUUUCAGACGAUUAUAAAGAUGUUUGAAAAGCGAAUAAGUAUCGUUCUUUUUCUAAAUUAUUUAUUGAUUUUCUCUAGUGAAAUUAUUGCCCAAGAUAUUUUAGGAUGUGGUGGAUUUUUAAAAAGUCAUGCUGAUAUCGAUUUUACAAAAGUUCACAUUAAAUUAUAUACUAAGGCUGGUAGUUUAAAAGAUGAGACAGAAUGUGCACCGAAUACUGGAUAUUACUUUUUACCUCUUUAUGAUAAAGGAGAGUAUAUUUUAAAGGUAGAUCCUCCUAGAGGUUGGAGUUUUGAUCCCAUGGAAGUAUAUUUAAAUGUAGAUGGUUCUACCGACAUUUGUAGCCAAGGCAAAGAUAUUAAUUUUACUUUCAAAGGUUUUGGCAUUACAGGCAAAGUAACCAGUUUUAAUUCUUCAUUUGGUCCAAAAGAUGUUACUGUGUCAUUAUAUAAUGCUAAUAAUAAAGAAACUGUAGUUGGAUCAACCAAAACUGCCGAUAGUGGAACAUUUUAUUUUACACCUAUUCAACCAGGCAAAUAUAUACUUGUUGCAUCUCAUCCUACGUGGAUGAUCAAAAAAAAUACAAUUGAAGUAACUGUACAAGAAGGUAAUGCUGAACUUUCAGAUGAUAGUUUAGUAAUAUUUGGAUAUGAUGUAAGAGGUCAAGUCACCAGUGAAAAUGAACCAGUCAGUGGUGUAUCCUUCAUAGUUUUUGGUAAUGGCGCUGCAAAGAAUUGUGAAACUUCACCAGUUAAGGGAUUUGAAUCGAAAAAUCCACUUUGCCAUGUUACUUCAGAUAAAACUGGAAAAUUUGUUUUUCCUGCAUUGUCAACUGGUGAUUACAAGCUUGUCCCACAUUAUCCUAGUGCUCAUACUAAAUUUGACGUUCAACCACCCGAAUUAUCAUUCAAAGUUAGUCACAAUAGUCUGACGUUAUCGCAAGAUUUUAAAGUGACUGGUUUUACGGUGACUGGGGUAGUUCGCAUGUCAACAGGUGGCAAACCAUUGGCAAAUGCAAAAAUUAUAUUCGCUGGGAAAGAUGUAGCUGUAACAAAUGAAAAUGGAAAAUAUACAAUAGAUAAUGUAAAAGCUGGACAAUAUACUCUGAAAGCAGAAGCUGGUAAUGUGCAGUUUGAGGAGAGAACAGUUAAAGUAUCCCCAAGUUCACCUGAAUUGCCAGUUUUAAUACCAUCUAUGUAUAAAGUUUGUGGAAAAGUUACAUUAUCUGCAAAAGGAACUUUACACUUCCGUAAAGUAGCUAUACAAAAUAUCGCUGCCACAUUCCAAAGAGAAAUUGAUACUAAUGAAAAGACUGGAGAAUAUUGUGUACAUUUAAAGCCUGAUAAAUAUCAAUUAAGUGUAAUCGUGAGUAAUGAAGAAAAAACUAAAGGUUUACAAUUCUUUCCUUUACAACAAACCAUUGACGUAUCAUCUGAGGCAAUUAACAAUAUCAACUUUCUACAAUUGAAGGCACUUUUAACUGGCAUGGUCAAAUGUUUGCCAGGGAUAGAUUGCAGUCAAGCUUCGGUUACACUUAAAGUACUCGAUGGAGUUACAAUAAAAACUUCGACAACGAAAGUUAAUUUCUUUCAUGCAGAUGGCCAAUAUGAAUUUUCCGAUGUAUUACCAGGACAUUAUGAAGUUUUAAUAGACAACGAUGUAUUCUGUUGGAAAAAUCCUAGUUACAGAAUAUCAAUAACAUCUGAACGCGCUGAAGUGCCUCCUUUUCAACAGACCGGUUUUUCAAUUACUUUUAUUUCUUCUCAUGAAACAAUAGUUGAAUAUGUUGCAUCAGAUGAAAUAAAAAAAUCAUCUUUAGUAUUAUCCAAAGGUAGUACAAGACAUUGCGUAUCUAAACCCGGAGAAUAUAGUUUUACACCUAAAGGUUGUCAUGUGUACGAUAAAGAAACAUUUGUCUGGGAUACAAAUAAUUUAUCCCCAAUUAUUUUAUCAUCUUCUGAACAUCGUCAUCAAGGAAAUAUUAUAAGUUCUACUGCAUUAGAUGGAGGAGUCAAAGUUAAAGUUGAAAGUUCAAAUGGCAAUAUUAUAAUUGGGCCAUUGAAAUAUAUAAAAAAAGGAGAUGUUUUUAAGUAUAAUUUUGAAUUUACAACAAAGACUGGUAAUGUAUACGUUAUUACUCCACUAUCGGAUAUUCUUUUGUUUAAUCCACCGUCAGUAAAAGUACUUGGAGUAAAUGAAUGUCAUAAUGACAUUGCAACUUUUACUGGAGAUUUAGGAAAGAUUAUAGCUGGAAAAAUUUCACCUCCUUUAGAAGGUGUAACGGUACAAAUAUUUGGCAAGGAUAAAAAAUCUCCAAUGCAUACAAUAAUUACAGAAAAAGAAGGGACAUACAGUGUUGGCCCAUUGGAUGGAAAAAUAGAAUAUAGUAUUACAGCUGAGAAAGAAGGUUUCGUGAUAACAGGACCAAACAAUAAUGGAAUAUUUUUAGCACGCAAAUUAGCUGAAAUUAUAGUGCAAGUAUACGAUCAAGCAGAUAAUUCAUCCUUACAGGGGGUUUUACUUUCUCUCUCUGGUGGACAAAAUUAUCGUAAGAAUAGUAUAACAAGUGACGAUGGAAAAUUAAUAUUUAAUUCCUUAUCACCUGGUGAAUAUUAUCUCAGACCAAUGAUGAAGGAAUAUAGAUUUGAGCCACCAUCAAAAAUGAUCAAUGUGGCCGAAGGUGCAACCGUCAUGGUAAACUUAUUUGGUAAUAGAGUUGCAUUUAGCGCUUAUGGUUCUGUUACGUCAUUAAAUGGCGAACCAGAAGCAGGAUUAUUGGUCGAAGCUCAAGGUCAAGAAGAUUGUUCCAAUCUCCAAGAAGAGGCAACCACCGAAGAGAAUGGUACUUUUAGAAUUAGAGGUCUUCAACCAUUGUGCACGUACAUUUUACGUUUGAAAUCUAACGUGGAGGCAAAUAAUCAUAUACAACGUACGAGUCCUGGUUCAUUGAUGUUACAAACCGGAGAGGACAUACGUGGGCUUCGAUUAAUUGCUUUUCAUCCAAUUUCACGUACAGACGUUUCCGUUCACGUGGUGUCCGUACAAUCAGAACAUUAUCGUACAUUAAAAGUGAAAUUAUGCAGGGAAGACAUGCCGGAUUCUCCUAUACAUAUAUCCAAAUUGGAUACACAACAUUCUAGUAAAAUUGGUACUUCGUAUAAUGCAGGCUUCCUCGUACAUUUUCCACCAUUGCAAGCUGACAACAAGAAAUAUUUCAUACAAUUGGAAUCAUCCUUAUCUCCUAGCUUGCAUAAGUAUAAAACAAAUUCUGUUUAUUUCGAAGCCAAUUCCUCGUUCAAAUAUGUCAAAUUAAUGUUCAAUGCUGAACGCAAAGUUGAUCAAGGGGAUAUGAAUCAAACAUCCAUAGUAGCAUUACCAUUUAUAAUGUUAAUUACAGUAGCAUUUUUAAAUCGUGAAAAAUUAUGGAGUUGGCUCAAUACAUUGGUCGAAAGAUGGUCUAAACCAUCACCAAUUUCUAGAACACCAGUACAAGCUAUUCCUAUUGAUCCAAGAGCAGAUGAUAUUAUUGUUGAACAAAUAAUGAAUAUUAAUAAGAGAAAAACUAAACCAAGGAAAGCAUAACAUUAUAAGGAUAUUUUAUUUCAGCAUUUUACACACGAAUGACGUUCCUAUUUAUGGAUCUCAUUUAUUUUCAAUUAUCCGUUCGUUUAAAUUAAUGAUCAAACUAUAUACCCGGAUUGUUUCAGUAACGUCAUCAUUGUGAAUUUUAAUGUAUUACAAAUAUUUCGAAUAAUAAUUGCGCCAUAUUUCUUUAACGCAUUCUUCAUCGAUUAUGAAGUGGAAUCUUAGAAAGCUUAAUAUAUUAUAUAUAUUUAAUAAUUUACGUAUAUAUAUUACAUAUAUAUAUAUAUAUAUAUAUAUAUAUAUAUAUAUAUAUAUAGGACCAAGUCAAUAUAUAGAAUGAUAAGAUUCAUGUUUUACAUAAGUUACGUAAUAUGGAACGAUUAUAUAUAAUAAGAAAAAGAAAAUGGAUUGUAUUAGAUUAUAAAAUGUAGCUUAUAAUCGUUUGAGAUAAGAAAAUUAAAUGAUAUCAAAUACAAUGAUAUUAUAUAUUACAGGUAAAUAUUUAUGAUAAAAAAAAAAAAUUUAUCAUUUUUAAAGUUCAAAAUAUGUAUAUUUA